AUGAACGUCUCCGCACCAAUAGUGUCUCGCGAACCUGCCAACUUAGCGACUCUCCCGACCGAGCUUAUAUACGCCAUCUGCGUGCAGGCUCUGGCAGCCGCGAAGCCUCUACCGCCCACAGAGCCACGGUAUGUGUGGAGACAGGGGAAGAGUGCCGAAAUCGCUAUAGCCUGCCGCUACCGAGAGUGGACGCUCAGUCUUCGGCUCAUCUGUCGCACGAUGAACGUUGUGCUUGAGCCUCUAGUCCUGACACGUCUCACUUUGAAUAGAGAGGAUAUACUGUCGGGAGCAUCUGGUAUGCACGAGAUGCUUGAGACGAUCGCGUCUGGGAGCGUUUCUCCAAUCGCAAAAUACACGAAGAGCCUGUUCAUUGGCUCGCUUCGUGACAUGACCUCCGUCGCUGACACAGAUGACUCGGACAUGGAGGAAUUUGGAGGUCCCAUUCAUCCAAGUGACGAUGAAACUUACGGUGAUGAUGAAAAUGAAGAGGUCGGGGACGAAGACGAAGACGAAGACGAGGGAACUCCAUCUUCGGAUGGCUCAUGGCAUGGAAUGGGUCCGCAGAUCCAUGUUGCGUUCAGCGACGUUGCCGAUGUCGAGGAUGUCGCAGCGGAGGAUGACCCAGACAACUUCCCAGACGACGAUGCAGAGACAAUCUUGCAACUUGCCAGUCUCAUACGGGACGCUCUCAUCAAAUUCACCGCCCUGAAAUCGUUCAAAUGGAACAUCAGAGCUGCGAGCUAUAAGACUCAUGUCUUCGCCGCAGUCACAGAAGCCCUUUCAACCCUUCCAUCAUUGUCCGACGUAGCCUUUAGUAUCCACCCAGAACGAUUUGAUUUCCCAGCUCUUCCGACCUUUUCGAACACGAAAAGUCUGUCCCUUUGCAUAUAUGGCCUUGGAAACUACCGCAGAGGUUUGACGCUGCCAAAGCUCAUUUCUACUAUGGCGAAAACCCUCCCGGCGUUUCCGGCUGUCGAAGACUUACAAGUCCACCAUUAUGACUCAAAAUCAUUCGAAGGUACCGACCCCACCAUCAAAAACGUCCUAUCAUACUGCUCUCCCGAACGCGCACCACCAUUGAAAUCUCUCGACCUCCUAAACGUCCCCUUCGUCGUGGACGAUACCACGAUACCCUUCCUCCGACGAUUGGAGACUCUCUCUAUCAGCUUCAUGGCGGAGUUAGACGAAGCUACCGCUUCCACAGGAGCACUUCCCCCCGACCGCAAUGGAUCGACAAGCUUGCGGUCCCUCACCAUAUAUGGCUAUUUUGCCAAUUCAGCAUUCUCCAUCAUUCCUCUCUCAGGUCUACGCCACCUGUCUCUCCUAGAGAUGAUAUCUGACCGUGACGAUGACGGCCCACCUUUUACUCGGGAAACAUUCGACACCAUUUUGCCAGGACACACAGAAACGCUGGAAAGCUUGGCAGUACUACCAGGGCUGGAGAACCCUCAAAGCUGGACUUAUGACGAUUCUAUGAUGGCUCUGAUCGCCAGAUGCCGCAAACUCCAGCAUUUGGCCGUCAUGAUUACUGUCGGAACAGACAGUGCCGCGGACGCUUCGAUUGUGAAAAAAGUCGUUGUCUCUGUAACCAGGCUUGACAAGCCUCUGCGUACACUCGCAAUUGAUGUUUACGAUCCUGAACACAGUACCAAUCGGGCAACUUACAGGGAGCCCCGUCCCGCCGUCCUUGAAGGGGUCAUCAAGCAACUCGAGUCCAUCGUCAUCCCCGACUCUGAAAGUACGGACGCUAAUCCUCAUCAAUAUCCUGCCUUCAUACGCAUCCACAAUCUUGUCGCUUCGUAUCGUCUUGGUCGGUCGGGGGCGGGCGACGUUCGGUACAUACAGAUGAAUAGGGACGAAGUCGAGAAUUUGGUGUCGACGUUGCCUGGUGGAGAGGACGCUCGCCUCUGGUGAAGUAAAACCGAACUAUCUACAAGAAUGCCUUUGUUUUCGUAUUGCUCCAUCAUGUCCUAAUUUGCAUGCUUUCGUUGGCCUCUGUUUCCGUUUCCACGACCCUGUCACUUGCUUCCUUUCAUGCCACAUCCAAUAUGUUCCAUGUUGUCGCCUCUGAUAUGUUUGGGGCGUUUAGCGU